AUGCAGUCACGUCAUGUAAAUGUUGAAGAACAGCUGAAGCGAAUCAAACCAGUGGAUCUCCUCAGUUACGUCGCGGGAAGUAUGGGUUUAUUCUUGGGUAUGAGUUGUGUUACUUUACUGGAAAUAUUUAUCUACCUGUUCAAAAGCGUUUGGGGUGUUUUCAACGACCAGAGGCAUAAAUCCUAUUACCUCGAAAAUCUGCUUGGAAUAACUGAUACGAGUUCUGAUGGAUCACAAGAAGAAAUCGUAAUCACAACUCGGAAAUCACUCUCGGUUGAAGAUGCAACGCAGGAUUUUGCCAUCUCGGAUGUGGAAGAAAAACCAAGCAAAUCUUAUGAGAAUGGGAUAUCUCCUUCCCGGGUCAAAAUCGAAAUCGUUCACCAUCCUAUGGGUAAAAGAAAAUCAGUGUACAAUCACCACUUGGAUUUCUAG